AUGCCUCUGAAGAUCAAAUUCUCGAGGAGACCGGAUCCUCCGGAGGAACAGGCGCCUGCACCACCUCCGCCGCCUGCAGCGCCCGCCGCGUCCGAGACGCCCCAACCUCAGCGCAAGCUCACCUUGAAGAUCGCGCGCAAACCGCAACCCGAGCAAAGUGAAGAGAAGCCGAAGAAGAAGAAAACGACCAAAAAACGCCCAGCGGAACACGUCGCACCACCUGAACCACAGCCCGAACCCGUACAGCAGGCACCCAAGCGACUGAAGUUGAACCCUUCCAAAAAGCCAGGCUUACAAUCAAUUCGGAUCAAAAACAAGGGACAAGUCCCUACGCGACCGGUCGGUGUCGGAUACGACUCUGAGGCUUCGGACAAUGAGAACGACCCUGCCAUCGAAGAACAAUUCAUCCUACGCAUGUUGCCAGGAGAAGACUGCGAGCAUCUACAGAAAACGAUUAACGAACGAAACUUCAAUAAUUCCGAAUUUGCAUUCAAGCCUCUCACCCGCGAAGGACGUCGCGCCAUCCUGAAAGUCCGCGACAAGCAGUAUGCGGCAGCGAUGGUCGAUCUGCCCUGCAUCAUCGAAGGCAUGAAGAGUUGGGAUAGACGAGGCUGGUAUAAAUCAGCAGAUAUUUGUCAGAUGCUGCUCGUGCUCGGGCGAGUGACCAAUGACCAAGAAGCUAUGGAGUUCCCGCUCCCUUCAGACGUUCAACAUCUCGAUGACAAGACACUUCAAUACCCCCAUGGUUUAGCACCACCUCUGCGCUGGGCCCGCAAACGCCGAUUCCGCAACCGUUUGAGCACACGAACCAUCGAACAAGUCGAAAAGGCCGUUGAAGAUCUGAUGGCUCAAGACGAGACAUCGAUUUUCCCUCCCAAGUUCGAGUUGGUGGAUAGCUCAUCACUAAACCGUGCCGAGGAAUACACUCAAAACGAAAACUUCGUGGAAGAAUACGAUGAUGAACAGGAUGCGGACGGUGAAGUCGAGGAUGACAUGAUGGCAGACUUCGAUGACGAUCUUGCAGCUGAGAUGGAGGCUGCCCUGGCUGCUGGGGAUGAUGAGUUACCCGGACUUGGACCAGAGCAAGCAGAAACGCCAUCUGUACAGCCUUUCACCCCAGGUGGUGACCAGACAGAACGUGGCGACACAUCCGCGGAGGAGAGUAAUAUUUCCGAUGAGGACGAUGAUGAUGAUGAUAUGGACGAGGACCAGAUUGAGCAACAGCAACAACUUCAGCAGCAGCGAGAAGAGGUCGCGGAGCUGGAAGGUCUCAUCCGGACCGAAACCGCCCAGUGGGAGAAGGUCCAAAACCACAUUCUUCGCAAUAAGAUGGGACGUCGCAUCCAGGAGCUCAAGAAGGACCUCGAGCUGAAGAAGGUAUCGAUGGGAAUGCCCGGUGGUGACGAUAUCUAA